AAGCUGUCAGGCUCAGGGUCGAGAUAACCUUCCAAAGCGCACUGACUGCUGUGUUGACGUUUUUACGCGCUCGCGUUGCGCGUGCACCUAAGACGCAACAGGCGGACCACACUUUGCGCAAGCAGUCCGGUUCAGUUAACAUAUAAAUUCUAAGAAGCACAGUCUUUGGAAAAGACGCCACGAAGUGAUUUAUGAAUCGUAUAUUUCUAGUUGAUUGUUUUCCACCAAGCGGAGAGGACAUAUUCCCAAGCCUUUUCUUUUUCUUUUUUCAUUUGAUCGGCAAAUUAGCAUGUACUUUGCGGAUUGAGUAGUACAUGGAAAAUUAGACUCGCAAACGUCUACGUGAAACUCCUCUACGUACGUCUACGUACUCGGCGUCUUCCUAAUUAUAACUCGAGCUUGCGGUCAGUAACUGUAUCUGGUGGGUCAAAGGCGCGCGCAAAUGAGGACUGAGCCCUGCGCCACGACUGGCCUCUGACAACUUCCCAACAUCUACAGGAGCCACAAAACAUAUAGGUUUUUCAACCCACUAAGGUUCCUGAAGCAAUGCCUGUCCCUCCUCCUCCUCCACCUCCCCCAGCACCACCUCCCCCACCUCCACCUGCUGCUCCUGCACAAUCACGAACAGAUCCUCCAAAACUCCAGCGUUCUGAGGGUGGAGGACGCAGUGCGCUUCUGUCUGACAUUCAGAAGGGGACAAGACUGAAAAAGGUCACACAGGUCAAUGACCGAAGCGCACCAGUUUUUGACAAACCUAAAGUGAAUAAUGUGGAUGAUAGUGGAAGAAAUACCGGGAACUCCUCAAACACAGCGGGAUCUGCUCCACCUGCAGUGAGCCCAAGUCUUGGUGGACUGUUUGCUGGAGGAUUUCCUGUCCUCAAACCAGUUGGACAAAGAGACAAACGAACACAUCACAAUCCAGUGUCUCGUUCCGGUUCUACUGCAAGCCUGAAGCAGCCUCUCUGGAACCCUCCAUCACAGGGAGAUGGUUUCAGAGGAAGCGCCCCUGAUCUUUCUCCCUCACACAGACCUUUAGAGAGAACCUCUUCACAGUCCAAAGCUCGUCCUGUUUCCUCAUACACAGCUCCAACCUCCCCCAGCCAAACUACACAUCCUACUUUCAAACUGUCCUCUACCCAACCUUCCUCAGCCCCACCCCCUCCUCCACCCCCUCACCAGGAACGUCUCAAUAACAAACCACCUCCUCUCCCCACUUGCCCUCCACCACCCCCACCUCCUCAAAUGGCCAAACCCACUUGGUUACCCAUCCAAUCGCACUCCAUCCCUAUGCCUACUACCCCACCACCUCCACUGCCACCCUCAGUUCCUCCAUCCUUACUUCCUGACAGAUCAUCCGGGGUUUUCUAUCCACCGCCUCCUCCACCACCUCCAUCAAUCCCUCCAUCAUCGCUCCCUGACAGGUCAUCUGGGUUUUUUUACCCUCCGCCUCCUCCACCACCAUUGUCAUCACACUCCAACCGCUCAUCUGGAGUCUACUAUCCAUUGCCUCCAUCUCCGGGGCCAUUUGAAAUAAAGGACAGUCCAUUAGGACCUCCUCCCCCACCUCCACCUCUUCCUGCUUCAUUUGUGUGCAGUCACCCCUCCUCAGCACCUCCUCCGCUACCUCAAAAAGCCUCUCCUUUGCCUUCACCACCAUACAGGCCCAGCGUACCACCUUUGCCACCGUCCUACCCCUGUAACGCCCCAAGCAGACGACCUCCUGCAGUGCCACGUUUUGCAGGUGCUCCACGGAUGGCUCCACCCCCUGCUCCACCAGCCCGCUCCCCUAACACUGAGCUAUCCAGCAGGAUCCCACCUCCUCCUCCUCCUCCUCCUCUGCCAGUAUCUGCUGCACCCGGAUCAGUGCGCAAUGGACACCUGCACAGUUUAGAUGACUUUGAAUCAAAGUUUCACUUCCAUCCAAUAGAGGACUUUCCCCCUCCCGAAGAGUUCAGGCCCUUCCCACGUAUCUACCCCAGCAAGGAGAACAGAGUAAACCCACAACCUCCUGCCAUGAAGACUCAUUUAAGAUAAAAUGGGACAAUAUGGAUAUGAAGUACGGUGCUAACCUUUAUCAGGAAGUUUAUUUUAAUCAUCAUCCUCAUCAUCAGUGAAGAACAGCAGCCAAAUCUGUAGGUCAAAUCAACGGAAUCUGUGAAAACAUUCUGCAAAAAAAACAAUGACAUCUUCUGAUUUUAUGUCUCAUUUAUAUCCCUGAAUUGGGAGAUUUAAACUCAAGAAAGUGUCUACUGUUUGUAAGAUUAAAAAGUUGCAAUUACCUUUUUAAUUUCUUUUAUCCUGUGUUGAAAUCAGAUUUCCAUAACAAAUGAUUGAACUACUAACAGAUUAAAUAUGAGCAAAAAGUGCCUACAAAUUAGAAAAGUCUUGUUGACAUUACAGUUUCAAAUAAAAGCCAUGUUUGUUUGUAAAAGGGAAGAAGUUUAACCAGUAAGAGUGAAACAGGGUUUUCAAGGUAAACGGUUAAAAUGGAUGAAAAUAUAUACAUAUAUACACUUUUUGAGGGAUGUAAACAAUAACAAUGGUCCUAACAAAUUUCCUGUUUUACAUUUUUAAUUUCCAUAGCUCUCGAGAAUCCUAAAAGGUCCACAUAUUGAUAAAUAACGUCAUGACAGCUAUUGUAACGUAGAUAUAUGAUUGAAUUGCCUCAUGUUAGUUAUUAAAACAUUUGACAACAAGCAGGAAAUAUUCAUGGGCCAAUGUCAUCACCACACUGAAAUGAUAUUGUAAAAACUAACACAUGUUUUUUUAGGCAAUAUUGUCUGUUUUAGCUUCCUGUGGCUGCUGUAGUCCUUUUGUUACUGACUCUCUUUGUCUAAAUUAUCAAAUCUACACCAAAGAAAAUACUUGUUUCCUUCUCAUUCUACAUUUAAUUGUUUCAUCUCUCUGUAUUUUAAAUCUGUGCCAGUAUAAAAUGCUGUAUUAAAGCUCUCAAUCAGGAGAAAAAAUACUCACGCGAGACACUGGGGAACAGUGCCACCCACUGGACAUGCUUGCAAUUUAUUGCUCUCACUGAAUCUAAAUACAUUAUUUAACCCCAAUAAACAUGUACAAGACAAA